AAUGGACGGUAUCCCAACUGACAAUGAAAAUGUGCCAGCUUCAAUACCAGACCUGGUUUGUCUAAUCAUGCUCACAGACAGUGUCGAGUUUGGUUGUGGAUGGGGUUGUGUGGUCUAUGACGAACAAAGCAAUAGACAGAACCGAAGUCGUUGUAUGAAAUCCACUGUCUGUAUGUGGUUGAGUUGGUGAAUGUCCAUCCGGGGAUAUCGGUGUCAGGAUACUGUCUUUUGGCACAGUUGUGUAUGCAAUUGUAAUGUGUUCACUGUAGCUCUACCUCAAACUGUAUUUUAUACAAUUAAUAAGUAUUCCAUACUUUGAUUGGCAAUGUAGCUUAACUGAUUUUUUUGUGUCAAUCAUCGAAAAAUAUGUAUUAUUUCAUAUUUUGCCUUUGUUAACCAAUUAAAGACCUAUAGCUAUUAAAGUCAUGUAAAAUGCGCACAUUAAACAUUAUACGAAAAUGUGGUAGUAAGCAUAUAAGCUUAUACUUGACAAAACCUUACCCAUAGACUUAAACAGAACCAUAUACGUGGUAAAUUGAUUGUUUUAUUUCAAUUAGUUACAGUAUUUUGGUUUUAACCUGGCCUAUGUGUCUAUUAGCCCCUCAAGAAAUGUAUGUUUUUGAUUUUAAUUUCUAAAAACGUGAAUGCAGUCUUAUCACUUGAUAUAUAGGUUAUGUCUAAGCUAAGUAAAAGAGUAACAGCAUGUUGUUAAUUACUAUGUUUCCAUAUGAAAUCAACAUUUACACCGCCAUAUAGGCAGGCUUACUGUAAGCUUGGCUUAGGCUACCGGUAGGCCUAAGUAUGCGCGCUGUUCCAUUGUCUGCGUAAUUGUUUAUUGACAGACCUCCGUUUAUGAUAUCCGAAAUGUCACCAUCUUUUAUUCAUGCACGCAAAUGUCCUUGUAAAUGUAGGUUAGGAUAGGCCUACAGGAUGAAAUAUUUAAAGGCAUCUAAAUAUUUCAAACCAGCACCCUGUCACUCAUCUUCAUAAGGCCUACUGUUUUCCAUCGGCUGUGCCCUAUCUGGAGGCCUUAUAGUUAGGGUUAUUCACCGAUAAUUAGACUAUUUUUUUAUUUGUAUAACGAACCUGUAUUUAACGAAAGGAACCCAUUGAUACCAUGGUCUCAUUUCCAAUGGUGCUCUGAGAAAAAUAGUUCAAGCAAUGUGAGCAACACAUUUAAGCAUGAUCACUACAAGUAAAUUACAUUACAUUAAAAAGGGCAGUAGAAACGAAUAUAUUCAGUCAAUCAAAACAGGUGCAGUUUUCAUUGGUCACGUUUUUUUUUUAAAUUAGCGACCUAAAUUCACAUUUCGGGGCCAAUGAAUCAAGUUUUAGAGUGAAAGGUAGGUCAUUCCAGGACUGAGGGGCAUAGUGACUGAACGCAGUUUUGACUAACUCUGAGGAGACCCGUGGAACCUCUAGUACCAACCAGUCUUGAGAGUGAGUCUUAUAGUUACUAUAUUUCCAAUUUAGAAGUGAGGUGCUAAACCUAUGUGGGUUCAUGAAUAGUGACCCCUUUAAUCGUCUUAAUCCGUCUACUGCUCUCAUAUAGCCUAGAGUAUGUCUAUCUGGUUACUUUGCAACAGCACACUGAUAGUAUAGGCUAAAUGCCUACUUACUAUCACCUUGAUGACAAAUUUGCUAAUGUUUUCUUUAUUCAAACCAAUUUCUGUGUUUGAUUAUUAUUACGAUACUAGGAUAAAACAUGUAUAGAUGUUUGAAAAUACGAAAUAUAUUUAAACUAUGUCCAUUCUGCCCGAUUCAGCAAAAAACCCAAACAUUUUGGAGGUAUGUCUGUGAAUGAUGGAGAAGCUAUGGCACGCAGUAUGAGAAUGAACAGCUUCUCGCGCAGAAUGAGCCUCCCAUAAUUCAUGCAAAAAGAGCCCGAAGGGAUCUCUCUCUGUGUGUGUGUGUUUUCCGUCAGAAUGAGUUUUACCACUGUAGCCAGCCACGAAAUAAUCUGACCCGACACUUAAAACCAUCUGCGCUAUCUAUCCGCCUUCUUAUUUACUAAAUUAUCCCGUGCACAAAACGUAGUGUAUCUGACACUAAACCCGAGUAGACCGGCAGUGACACGAUAGUUUUAUACGCAAACACAUUCCGUUUUUUCCUGCAGUGUUUAGUAAAUCACGUCUCGUUGAUGGGUAGUGUGCACAGUGUAAAUAAGAAACGAAUGUAGCAGCAGGGAUUUCAUUAGACGAAACAGAUGUGAAUAAAAUGUGACAGCGUAUCAAAUAAAGACUAUGAUAUGUUGACAAUGAUAUGUCGAUCAAUGUAGUUAUCAGUAGGACCGAAUUUGAAGUGAAUCAGUCCAAUUCUUUUUGAAUAAAAACCUAGACUGAACAUCGCAUAAUAAAGCCAUAUUUUUGAUUACCAAAUGAGUCGAACAUUUCUAGAGCGUGGAUGAAUGGGCUAGAUUUUCAGUCUGCAUUAGCCACAGCACCAUUCAAGAGGAUGCAUUGCUAUUGUAGUCUCAGAACAUUCGUUCCCUGUUGUUUUUAUUCUUGAUUUUCAGAAUUUUAAAAACGGUAUGCUUUAUGAUAAUAUCUGUCAUGCCUACUGCUUGGAUGUUAUUUUCCAAUGAGAGGUAAGCGUUUGUUAAAUGUAUUGCGUUUUGUUUGGCUCGUCGCUUUUCUUCUUCACAGCUAUGACUUACAAAGUAGAGGAUGUAGGAAAACAUGGAAUCCAAUUCAAGGUUUGAAGACAAAAAGCUAAGGUCAAAAUGUUUACAUUCUAAGGCGCUGUCGAGCACUGGGAGGUGCUGAAAUCCCUUAGUGGCCCUUUCCGCGUGAUUGGUAAACUUGACAGUUACUGACGGUCAUCCAUGGCAACCACGAAACCAAUCUGCCAAGUCCAAUAGAAAAUCAGCAAGGGGCUGACUGUCUUUUGCCUGUUCAAAAUGUAUCUCGGUUUUAGUUGUUAUACCUCUUGUACUUUCAACCUACGAAGUUCACCAGCCGAUCGCUGCAGUAGCCAGUCAGAGGGCAUAGUUCCUCAGUGUUUUUAACGGUUGAUCUGUUCACUUUAGGAUUGCCUUUUUGUCUGAGAGAGGGACAGAAGGAUACGCGCGAGAGGGGAGCGUGUGAUAGAGAGAGAGACGAAGAGGAAACGAGAAGCCUCCAUGUUUCAGCUGCCUAUCUUAAAUUUUAGCCCCCAGCAGGUUGCGGGGGUUUGCGAGACCCUGGAAGAGAGCGGGGACAUUGAGCGCCUCGGUCGCUUCCUCUGGUCUCUGCCCGUUGCCCCGGCAGCCUGCGAAGUCCUCAACAAGAAUGAGUCGGUGCUUAGGGCGCGGGCAAUCGUGGCCUACCACACCGGGAAUUUCCGAGAACUUUACCACAUCCUGGAGAACCACAAGUUCACCAAAGAGUCUCACACUAAACUGCAGGCCCUGUGGCUGGAGGCGCAUUACCAAGAGGCAGAGAAGCUGCGGGGCCGCCCGCUUGGGCCAGUGGACAAAUACAGGGUGCGGAAGAAGUUCCCUCUGCCCAGAACGAUAUGGGACGGAGAGCAAAAGACCCACUGCUUCAAGGAGAGAACCCGACAUUUGCUACGAGAAUGGUACUUGCAGGACCCUUACCCGAACCCGAGCAAAAAGAGGGAGCUCGCGCAGGCUACUGGACUUACUCCCACACAAGUCGGAAACUGGUUCAAAAAUCGUAGACAAAGGGAUAGAGCCGCGGCUGCGAAAAAUAGGCUACAGCAAGGGUUGUCCCAAGGCUCGGUUCGGUCUUUGGCAGAUGAUGAUGGAACCGUCGAUCGACUCGGUCCCGCCUCCAGCCCCGAGGCAAGUUUGUCGAGCAAAGCCGCCACCUCGGCUAUCUCUAUCACUUCCAGCGACAGCGAAUGUGACAUCUAAUGGCGCACAAAGCAGUCGAGAGGAGGAAGAGGAAAAAAUUGACAGUAGAUAAAUGGAGAUCCUGAAAAACAAUCUAACAUAAAAACAGUCAUAGUGCCUGCGUUUGAAUUGAAAGAAACUGUUCUUCUUUGAUGACUGCCAAAACAUGAGGGUUCUAACGGAAUGCCCUGUCUUAAAGCUAUAGGCUACUUUCAUUUUUUUUCGUUUUCCACUAUGGAUGACUGAAGCUAAUGCAAGCUGAAAGAAAAUGUAAAGAAAAAACAUGUUCAUAUUCACGAUCCCUUUUUAGGGAUGACUAAUAAACCAAUGCCUCAAGUUGAAACUAAAAAGGAAAAAAAAAAGGAAAAAAGGAGAAGACAUUCGAGCGCCUAACCUGCUAUUUUCUGUGGGUAUUUCAUGUUGAAAAGACGCUGUAAUAUUUUUACUUUACUUUUAAAGUUGUAUAAAUAAUGUUUAUUUACUUAUUUAAAUAAUAGGCGCUGUUAUAAUUUGAUGUUAUUUUGCUUGGUGUUUUUAUGUUUACCUUGUCCACAGGUGAACCCGUUGAGCAUGUGCGCUUUAGUGAACAUGUGUUUCAGUAAAAAAGACAAAAAAGUAGCCUAAAGAAACUUAAUAAAAUUAUUAUUGAUCAAAAGAACAAAACAUCAGUAUUUUUAUUCACAGAUAUUGAGAAUGGUGUUUGCAGAUAUUUUAUUACCCAAUUAUUAGCCUACUUUAUAUUAUUAUCGAGUAACGCCUAAUUUGGCAUGAUACAUUAGAUUAUAUUUUAGGGGUUUGGGACGAUAUUUAGAAUAUGAUAUAUGUGUGACAGAAUAUUUCAAAUAUCGUCCUAUGACAGGUCUAUAGUGUGAUGUAUCCUACUGUAUUAUGUUGUGCCUCUGCAUUGGCCUGAUGGAGUGGUCUAUAUAUCUGAGAAUUUAGACAUGUCAAUAAUUAGGCUACUUAACUACCAAAUAUCUUGAUAUGUGUGUGGACUCUGAGUGAGAAAAUUAGUUAUAUUCUUUAUAAUGCCACACUUUAUAGUGCCCUGACAGGUCCUCGACGUAAUUUGCCAACAUGCUUCGCGUCAUGUAAUGUGGCAUGACAGCGAGAGGUCAGAGAAAGGCCGUCAAACAAAACGGGAUGAUCUCCGAGUCCCGGAGUAAAAACAAAUAGGCCUACAUAACACCAGAAUAUGAAAUGUGCUCUGGCUGACUGAUGAGUAGUAGCCUACAAAAAUAGGUAUUGGCCAUUUUAUUAUUUUAAAUCAAAGAUAAUUUUAAAACCUAUUACAUUUAAUUUAGAUAGGCUAUAGGCAUCGAUUUCUCGGUGAUAGGCUAAAACAUUUCCUAGAAUUGAAUCCGCAUGAUAAGCGACAGGUUCGACCGCUGAUCUGAACCAUAUUUCCUUUAUCGUAUAAUUAAUGUUGGCUAGCCUAAUGUCUGCCACGACUAGGCCUAUGGCGACGUUCUUAUGAGAGUCUACAAGGUUGAUAGCAUACAACAUAUUUCAUGUUUCAGGUAAUUGAGUAAAGUCUGUUAUUUCUAUCUGGUCAUUAAUGGUUCAGUUAAACACGUAACGUGUAAAGGGGUAUAGGCAGAAAUGCUUGAAGCAGACCAUGUUAGGGUAGGCUAAAAAACGCAAUGGCUAUGAUACAUGUGGUUGUUUGAUGUUAUGAUCAGACGUGAUGCAGUUAUUAUUUUGUGAUAGGGUUUAGCCUAACCGUCUAUAGAUAGGCCCUUCGUUUUUUUGUUAUUGUUGUUUUUUUGCAUUACGGUUUAGGCUAGUAUUUAAAAAUGUUACCACUAGCACACAUCCCUGCCUAUGAUGAAUAUAUGCCAAAUAAUGUUCUAUUGGAACGUAAAGAUGAGGGUAAACCGUGCAUACACCUGAGGUUAAACUGUCCGUUCCCUCUUUAUACGCGCGAACAGGAUAUCAGCCCAAAUGAGCAACGAAAAUGAGAAGUAGGCUAGUGUUUUUUCAACGGCUCCAGAGUUCUGGUUUUGGACAAACACCUGGGUUUUCAUCCAAUUUGCAAUUCAUUACAGUAGCCAGUGAAAGAGACAAGAUGUAUUCCUCGAAACGUCUUUCAGCUGGAACAACACAUAAAUGCAGUGUUUCGGGUUUUGGAUCAAAAGAGAGAGGAAGCAAGUGAGGGGAAGAAAGGGGGGGCCUUGAGUUUCUUUCAAAUCAUGGGGACAAAAUGGCUGAAUAUUUCCGUUUCUAUUGAAAAUCAGGGCAACUAGAGGACACACAUGAAAAAGUCUUUUUAGCAGUGAAUAAAGUUGUCAGCGGUAAUCAGCACUAAUGAUGCGGUCUCCGGCCCCUGAGCAAAUAAAGGGGCGCUCCCAAUGUUUUGUGAGGGGAAGCAACACGAGUUUGUUCCCCUUCAAAGAAUGAACUGCUGUCAUGGUAUAGUCUGCCAGCCUGGGUACGGAAGUCAGAAUUUUUGUUUAGCGUGUGUGUGUUCUGUGGCAGCUGCUGCAAUGUGAAUUCGCGAGUAGGGCGAUUAAAAGGAUUUAGCCUAAUUACCAAUUUAUUGACUGUUUUCUGACUUGUACGUUUGCAACAGUCAUAACACGUUAAUUGUGCUCCAAUAAACAUGACGACCAUUUUGAAUAAUGAAGAAAAUAUGAUAUUAAUAUGUUUGAUAUAUAUAACCACUGAAUAGGGCGAAAUUCAUUGACUCUUUUUCCUUAGACCUUCAGCACUUUUAUAUAUUGGUAAAAUGGUAUCUUCUGGAUUUUGUGUCGUUUGUAAUCUAUAUAUAUAAAUGAAAGCAGAUGGGACCCCAA